AUGGCAGACGACGGUGUGUCCCUAAGUUUGUCAACGGCUAUCUGGUCGUCAGUUAAACCAAUUCUCAAAAUCUACUUCAUCAUCUUCACAGGGUUCCUUCUCACGCGGAAAAACAUUUUGACCGUUGAAACUUCCAGAAACUUGUCAGAUUUGGUGGUCACUGUAGCCCUUCCUGCGCUUACUUUCAGCAAGCUCGUUUCCAAUAUAUCUUACCAGGAUGCCGAAUCCAUUGGGGUAUUGUCGUUUGUUUGCUUUCUUGUCAUGGGGAUGGGCGGUAUUCUUGGAUUGGGGGUCAACUACAUCACACCCGCUCCAAAAGUCUUCUUCUACGGGUUAAUUUCUUGUGGUAUGUUCACCAACAUCAGCGAUUUACCUAUUGCUUUCAUUCAAGGUAUCCCACCGGUUGUUUUCGAUACCCAGGCGAUCGAUAAAGGGGUGGCUUACGUUUGCAUUUUCUUGUUUGCUGAAAUGUUUGUGUUUUUCAAUCUUGGGUGCAAUCAGCUUCUCGGGCUAGAUUUCAAGACCCAAGCUUCUCAAGAUACAGAUACAGGCGACGGGAGUAUUGAUGAUAAUGCUUCCACAGAAACUGAGAAUCACAUCCAAGCCUCCACUUCAGCAAGAUCGCAAGCAUCUAGCAACCUUAGAUCUGUCCUGUUACACGCCUCUGCUGGAGCGCCCAGAAGAGUUAAUGGACUCAUUCGUGAAUAUAGUGAGGUCAAUGCUGCUCCUAAUUACCAAGGAAAUGAUAUUGACCCAUUAGAUCAAUUGAGCGUGGUGCGGACUCGCACCAGGCAGCUGCAGAAUAUUGCCGAGGUCGAUGGAAUUGAACCACGCGACUCAGAAUCUUUGGAAGCUGCUGAGAGAAAAUCAUUUGCGGAAAAAUACCAUCUUACUCCAAUAUUGUUUGUUCUUCUGAACUUCAAACGUCCUGCUUCCAUGUCGAUCUUACUUGGGUUGAUUGUUGCUAUUGUUCCUUGGCUCAAAGCAUUGUUUGUCCAGUAUGACAAUCAUGUCGAUUACCCAAAUUCCCCAGAUGGGAACCCUCCGCUCCAUUUUAUCAUUGAUAUUACCACCCACGUUGGUAAUGCACAAGUACCCCUUGGUUUGAUCAUUCUUGGGGGUACGUUAGGACGUGUUGAAUCAAAAAGUAUUUCCAAGGGGCUAGUUAUCACCGCCCUUUGUUUGGCGUUGGUUAGAUUGGUGAUCUUGCCGAUCAUUGGGGUUACCUUGAUGACCAAAUUUAGAAAUAUGGGCUGGUUCCAAGAUGAUAUGGCAAUGUUUUUAGCGAUAUUGAACUGGGGGUUGCCCUCUAUGACCACAAUAAUUUAUAUUAUUGCGUUCUUCACCCCACUUGAUGGCCCGUAUGUUCAAAUGGACUGCGUUGCCGUGAUUUUGAUGGUGCAGUAUUUCUUUUUAGUCAUUUCGUUUCCUAUUUUGACUACCUUCACCUUGAAACACUCUUUGGGUUACUAG